AUGCCUAGAGGAAAAUCUGAUCAUGUUCCAAUUUGUUUCCGCUCGGCUAACAAAUUUGAUUGGGGACCAAAGCCUUUUCGGUCUGUGGAUGCAUGGUGGGAGCAUGAUGACUUCGAUAAUUUUGUUAAAGAGUCUUGGAAUUCAGUCUGUUCUUCGUCCAAUAAUCUUACUCAAAGAUUAAGGGAGCUUAGAACGCGAAUUAAGAAUUGGAAUGCUAAUAUCUUCGGUGAUCAGAAUAAGAAGAUUAAGGACCUUAAUUGUGCUAUUCUUGCUAAAGAGGUGGCUGCUGAUUAUAGGCAACUUUCUGUAGAGGAGGAAAGUGAUUUAGCAAUUCUCAAGAAUGAGCUGUGGGUGUCGGAAAAGAGAAUUGAAUCAUUAUGGAUUCAAAAAUCUCGCUUGAAUUGGAGCUUGUCGGGUGAUAGGAAUACUAAAUUCUUCCACAGUAUUGCCUCUCAGCAUCACAGGAAUAACCAUAUCUCUUCGAUACAAGUGGAAGAUAGUCUAUUUGCAGAGCCAGCUGACAUUAGAUUUCACAUUUGA